AUGGAAGAGAGACUUAGGGUACACCGCCUCAAACCCUCAGGGGUUCUGAGCCUUGGAUCCAUGGGACGCAACCCUGACCGCUCGCCCAGGAUGCAGUAGGAAGAAUGUUAGUCAGACUUCAGGGAGAACUUCCAUGAUGCCUGAGUUAGGUGUCCUGCCCAUCUAAGGGUGAGAGGUUAGACGGGAUGACGCCGGGACUGAAGGUAGAAGGGAACAGGCAACCCUUGUGCCCUUGGCCAAGUUUCCUAAUCUCUCCGGAACGCUUUCAGAGAGGAUCCUCAGUGAGACGGCACUCGAUUGAAUCGGUCUGUCACUACAGUCCAAGGAGGCGGGUUCGUAGCAGCUGUUCCUAAGUCAAAGCAAGAGGUCCUUACUGCGCACGCGCAGUAGACAGCCAAAGGAGCCACCGAUGGAGCCGUCCGGAGGGGAGCAAGAGCCCGGGGCCGUCAGGCUCCUGGACCUGCCCUGGGAAGACGUGCUGCUCCCACACAUCCUGAGCCGGGUCCCGCUGUGCCAGCUGCUCCAGCUGCAGCGCGUCAGCCGGGCCUUUCGAGCCCUAGUGCAGCUGCACCUGGCGGGGCUGCGCCGCUUCGACGCCGCUGAGGUGGGUCCGAAUAUCCCGCAGACCGCAUUGGUCUGGCUGCUGCGGGAUGCCGAGAGGCUGCAGGAGCUGGCGCUGGCGCCGUGUCACGAAUGGCUGUCUGAUCUGGAUCUGGUACCGGUGCUGGCGCGGAAUCCGCAGCUGCGGAGUGUGGCGCUGGCCGGCUGCGGGCUACUGAGCCGCCGCACGCUGGGGGCGCUGGCAGAGGGCUGCCCUCGCCUGCAGCGCCUGUCGCUUGCGCACUGUGACUGGGUAGACGGGCUGGCCCUGCGCGGUCUCGUCGACCGCUGUCCGUCCCUUGAAGAGCUGGACCUCACCGCCUGCCGCCAGCUCAAGGAUGAGGCCAUCGUGUACCUGGCACAGAGGUGCGGCUCGGGGCUUCGCAGCCUCUCGCUGGCGAUCAACGCCAAUGUAGGGGACACCGCCAUCCAGGAGUUGGCUCGGAACUGCCCGGAACUUGAGCACCUCGACCUAACCGGCUGCCUCCGCGUCGGAAGCGACGGUGUCAGGACAUUGGCUGAAUACUGCCCUGCGCUGCGCUCACUGCGGGUGCGGCACUGCCACCGUGUGGCUGAGCCCAGCCUGAGCCGCUUGCGGAAGCGGGGUGUGGACAUCGACGUGGAACCGCGGCUGCAUCAGGCCCUGGUGCUACUGCAGGACAUGGCAGGCUUUGCACCCUUUGUCAACCUGCAGGUCUGACCCGUCCCCUCCUGGGGGCACAGCUGGACUGUGUGUCAGGGCCUGACUAUGAACUGUAGGGAAACUGGACUGUGGGGGCCUCUGGUGAGAGGCCAUUGCCCUAUCCCACCUUGGAGCUUCAAAUAAAAAGCUUUUUACCCCC